UCAGUCUAUCCAGGUUCGACCCUCCUGCCAAGCGACCGUCUGUUCCUGCGGGGGUUUUAUUUGUCUGGAUUUUCUUGCUAAAGCCCAAAUAUUUUUUUAUUUGAUCACUUAUUUAAGGAUUUAUUCUGUUAUUUACUGAUCAAGAUGGGCUGCGCUGGAUUCACCUGUUCCAAACAAUCCCUGUGCGCGCUCAACAUCCUCUAUGUUUUUAUGGCAUUGCAGAGGACGUCCUGUCUUUGUGUGUUUGCCUGCAACCUCAGAUAGCUCAUCGCUCCUUUCUCAGCCUUAACUAUAGGGGCUGCAAACUCGAAUGUAUUGAGGACAUCAAUGGCUUGAGGAUCCGCUACUGUGAGUAGCAACGCGAUUUUCCUGGCAUCGGAUUCAAUGUCCAGUCCAAUGGCAGCUGUGUACAGUUCAAACUGUUGUUUGAAAGACUGCCAGUUGCUGUCCACAUUUCCCACCAGUUUCUUGAGCAAAACCGUUUCUUGACCUGUCUGUCACUCCAGGCAUGUGCACAGAUAGACCCCAAGUGGUGCUAAAACCCUGCCCUUUUGGCCCCUGAAUGGAUAAGUGCUCUUUAAGCAAGACUGUUUUUUCCUUUCUUUUAAUUUAAAUUUGGCCCAUGGUAUCAAUUCAAAAUUAAAAGUGUGUCUUUCUUUGUUACAGUCAGUUAACGCACACAAAGUGAGCGCCCUGAUCUGGCUUCAUGGACAGCCAGGUAACGAUGGUGAGCCUGCUGAUGAUCGGCAUCGCAGCAUGGGGGAAGUGGUUCGGUCUGGUCUCCAGUUUCCAGGUGGUGGGAGGUAUCAUUGGUGUUGGCGUCUUCCUCUUCUUUGUGGCCCUGGCUGGCCUCAUUGGGGCCAUGAAGCAUCACCAGGUCCUGCUCUUCUUUUACAUGAUCAUCCUGUUCAUGGUGUUUAUUGUGCAGUUCUCUGUCUCCGCUGCCUGUUUGGCCAUCAACAGAGAGCAACAGGAUCACCUGCUGGAGGUGGGCUGGAAUAACUCUCAGAGCACUCAGAGGGAUGUGGAGAAGAGCCUCAACUGCUGUGGCUUCAAACAGGUGGAUCCAAACAUCAGCUGUGACGCUGCUUGUUUCCCCAACCACUCCUGUUUGCCCUGUGCAAAUAAGAUCCAGGAACAUGCUGGAGAGGUUCUUCGUUUUGUAGGAGGAAUUGGACUCUUUUUCAGCUUCACUGAAAUUCUGGGAGUGUGGCUCACAUAUCGCUAUAGGAACCAGAAGGACCCCCGAGCCAACCCCAGUGCUUUCCUGUGAGACAGCACCAGCUUCAGCCCUUCUCACCUCUCCACCUCUAUGGACUUUCACUGGGCCUUAACUGUAAAUACAACACUGACUUAAGUGUUUCUACUGACAGCUGCAGCCAUGCUGUUAUUAUGAUGUGCUUGGUUUUUCAAGAGUGAAGUGUGUUCUGAAAACAAGUGGUUAUGUUUGAAGGAAGAACACAUCUGUUGCCUCUAGUGUGACAGCUCUGCCUAAGAAAAGUGUAUGAACAUAUACAGUUAGUACACUGAGCACUUGUGUGUGUAAAAAGAGGCAAUAUUGUCUACAGCAGUCUGCUGUAUAUUCCAGAAGUAUUUAUGCAGCCUGCCUGAUGUUGACCCUGAACACUGUUUUAUUCCUUUGGUUGUUAUUUCCUUGUCAGCCCCAAUGAAUGCAACGAUGUCAACUGCUACUCUGCAUAUUGAUAUGACUACAUUAUUUUGAAAGUAUGAAUACUGUGUGAGAAUGUGUAUGUGUGUGUGUGUGUGUGUGUGUGUGUGAGUGACUCUACUGCAGAUAUGAGCUACUGUAUGAGAGCUACUGUUUUGAUUGUGUAAACCACCUGUCUGAGCCUUUGUACUGUAAACCGCAAUAAAACACUGAUGGAAGAAGGA